GCCUUUUGUGGCUCAAGCUUUGGAGUUGGCCUUCAGCUCAUUUUCUUUUGUCGGUGCAAUCUCGAGACUGGACACGGCAUCAACAUGACCCUGAUGAGGCAGAUGAGGCGCCUGGACAGCCUGAACAGCGACAGGACUGAGAGCAACAGCAGCAACGAGGAGACCCGCAAGCAGCUUUUGCUCCUUCUCUCCAGCAAGAGGGUGCAGAAGACCUUGAGGACAUGCCAACAUCAGCUAUCUCAAGUGCCAGAAGCAGCCGGGCUGAGCCCGGCAAAGCUGCUAAAGAUCUUGGCUGAAGGGUACACUCUUUGGAAGAAGCGGCCGGUGUGGGGCGCCUGCCCGGACGACACCUGGGGGCUCUUCCUGGAACAUGUGGAUGACAUCUUGAAGCCUUACUGUCAGGGUUUGGCCCUGCUGCCGGAGCAGGACUGGAAUGGUGUGAAGUUGUGGUGCACUCGCAUCUCCCCACGCCAGCUGUGUGACAUCGUCGUUGCCAUCCUUGGCUUUCACCGAGAGCCAGAGCCAGCGCAAGUGAUGCGAGUCUCGAGAGCCUUGGAAGGGACAGCUGCAGCUGGGACAGCUGCGGCUGCGUCUCCGCUGGAUUAGGUUGACCGCUUUCGACUUGGAAAGGGGCCUUUGGUUUAAACGGAGGGGAUUCCCUGAAUAUUGC